AUGUCAGGCUCAGCUGGCACGCUUUCCCUUUCCCUUCCCUUUGUUUAUCGAUCGUCACAUGUUUCGAAGGCGGUAGUUUUAAAGAUGGCUACCACACGUGCAGUACCCGCUGACUCGACCCCGGCAGAACCCUUAAUUGUGACGCUCACAGGAGAUGAAGACAAUGAGACUGACAGGACUUUCGUGUUUACAAACGAGGGCCACACUCUGGGCAAUGCCCUCAGGAGCAUAAUUGCUCGAUACCCUGAUGUUUUGUUCUGCGGCUACACGGUACCUCACCCCGCAGAGGCAAAAAUGAAUUUGAGGAUUCAGGCUUUCCAGACGCCCGCGUUGGACAUCCUGAAGAGGGCUUUGACGGACCUCUCUCAAGUUUGUGACCACGUGAAAAAAACAUUCACGGAACGAGUCACAGAAUUCAAACAAUCCAAUGGUGAGGCAAUGGAGAUGGGAUAGCUAUUCAUUUUUUACAACUUUAUUAAUUUUUUAUCAAUUUAAAGCAACUUUCCAUGUAAAUAAUAAAAAUUAUAUGUCACUACAAA